ACUGUUCGUUGGGAUGCUAUCGAAAAAAUUCACAGAAAACGAUGUUAGGAACAUGUUUAGCGCUUACGGAAUGAUCGAGGAAUGCUCGGUGCUGAGGGACAGCACCGGGAAAAGUAAAGCCUGUGCCUUCGUUACCUUCGCUAGUAAGCAGUACGCGAUCAAUGCCAUCAAAGCUCUGCAUCAUUCCCAGACAAUGGAGGGUUGUUCGUCGCCAUUAGUCGUAAAAUUCGCCGAUACGCAAAAGGAAAAGGACCAGAAGAGGAUGCAGCAACUCCAGUCGAAUCUCUGGAACAUCGCGGGAGUCAACAUCACACCGCAUUACCUAGCCAAUGAUGCGCAUACUUUGGCGCCUACAUCGUUGCAGCUUCUGCAACAGUUGCAGGCGACGACGAGUGCCGCAACUCCAGUCGCCGCGAACGCGGGAGCGGCUAAUGCACUGUCGAAUGUACAACAUCAGUUACUGUUACAACAACACCUUGGCCUUGGUGCGGCAACACCUGCGCACGCAGCACCCCCCGCUGUACCUAGUCCAGCAGAAAUCAACCCUGCGAAUUUGCAAAGUUUAGCCACCCUCGCGUCUUUGAGCAACACUGCUGGUGAGUAUGCAAAUGCGGGUGUCUCGCCAAUGAGUAUGCAGAACCUUGUUACUCUGGCAGCUAUGACCGGCGGAAACGGCAAUCUCCAGGUGUCGCCAAACACAUUAAGCGGUCUGGCGAAUUCGACAGCAGGUAUGUCGCUAUCCGCUCUUCUGGGAAAAACAGGAAAUACAGGGUCUACCGGGGGCAGUCUUAGUCCUGUAACAUCUCUCACGCUUAAUUCCUUAACGGGGACGCCAUUAAAUGGACUUCAGGACUCGUUGAGCAACGCGUAUUCCAGCUUACAACAGUAUGCAGGGUUCCCCGCGUUCACGGCGGCUGCAGCUGCCGCGGCGGCGGCAGCGCAGAAGACCAAGUUCAGCAGUACAGACAAGCAAAUCGAGGGUCCCGAAGGUUGCAACCUUUUUAUAUACCAUCUGCCGCAAGAAUUCAGCGAUACAGACCUCAUUUCUACCUUUUUGCCCUUCGGCAAUGUCAUAUCCGCCAAAGUUUUCAUAGAUAAGCACACGCACAUGAGUAAAUGCUUUGGUUUCGUGUCGUAUGACAAUGCGUCGAGCGCGCAAGCGGCGAUCCAAACGAUGCAUGGUUUCCAGAUUGGCAUGAAGCGACUGAAGGUCCAGUUGAAACGGUCCAAGGAUGCCUCCAAGCCGUACUAGCUGACGUCACAGAACGUUCGUAGGUGGCCUGUGACGUUGUGACCGUAUACUCUCGAUCGGAGUCGCCGUGCCAUGUCAGUCUCAGUCAGUCAAAUCAGUAUCGGUCGUUCGCUCGACCGGUCGAUCGAUCAGUCACGAUUCCCCGGUCAGUCUCUCGAUCAGUCUAUCUGUGUCUGUCGGUGCCUGUACAAAGAACAACACCCGCCCACGCGCUCUCACUUCUGCCGUGAGAUCCUCCGCCUUGUUGACCUCUUCUCUAUCUCUUCAUUUCAUCUCCUCAACCUCUUUUGCGUCCGUACCGUCUAUCCAUGAAGUCGCGACAUCGUUCAUACUUCGCGAUCGCACCGAGCGGUUGCUCGUCUUCCCGAUCGCAGCUGCGCAUGUAAAACACUGGACGAAUCCUUGGACACGCAGAAGAAUUCACGGUGCUGGGCAAACGAAAGUUGUGGCACAUGAAAUGGAGGAGCGCGAUGAAAAAGGCUGAGAAAGUGGAACAAAAAGGAGAACGAUACACCGACGACCGACCUGGGUUCCUCGAACGAAGCUAAUGCGCUAUGUUAACUGUCUGUCCAAUCUCCCCUCCCUCUUAUGUAUAUACAGAUAUAUAAAUAUAUCAUGCAUAUAUGUACAUACACAUAUAUAUGUACGUGU